AGGAAAUCAAUGCAGGAGCAUGGGAACAAUUGGGGCUUGGGGACCAAAGAGGAAAACUAAAGGCAAAUAACAUCAUUAGAAAAAUUGAUCUUCUGGCACAAGAAAAGGACACACGCAAAAGCGUAAGAAAUACAAGAUGUUGUUGUUGAAGUGAGCAAAUCAAGAUAGGACAUGUCACCUCGUCGUCCGCCGAAUAUCAUUUACUUUCCUCGGACGCGAGGUUUGGGGAGGGGAAUAAAGCCGGUCUCAAGGACGACGAUGUUGUCGUCAUUUUAUAGCACGGCGUGCUUCAUCGCUCUGCAAGCAGUCCUCCUUGGCGUAGCAGCAUCAAGUCUCAACACGGAAGAUGUUGAGCGAGCGUCUCAGUUUGUGGAGCUCCGCUUCGGCUUGAGGCGGCUGCAGAAUAAAGCCGCUUCGUUCCUCCAAACUAGCACUAGUCAACCGGCGACAGCAAUGCCUACCGAUGUAGCGCGGGCCAUUAGCAGCGCUCUCAGCAAAGCCUUUGGGGAGCAGCCAGUGGAGCAAUUAUCAGUAUUUUUGAGUCAAGAACUAUUAUAUUAGAGUAAGGUAAAUAACGGGUUUCGGGUUGCUCGAGUUGCAACGGGUUGCUCGGGUUGCCGAAGCGCAGGGGUUCCAAAUCUGGAACGGGUUGCCAUGGGUUGCCAGGAGAAUCCUGACCCAGCAAAAUGGGGCGAAGCCGGGCGGUAUGGAGGGGCAUUCGUGCGCUCUAAGUGAAGAAAUGGAGAAGAGCGCCGUUUCUUUUUUGUUGUUGUUGCUCAUGAAAGGGGCAGCCACGUUUGAAGGGCUCGGCAGGCUUUCGGGCUCUCCUUUUGUAGCGUGCGGGCGCGUGUUUGAAGCGAAAACAAGGAGCGCAGGCCCCUGCUCUCUGUUGUUUUUCUUUGAGGUGAGUGGCGCUGUUGUUUGUCGUCUCCGAGUCGUUGGCGAUCUCUCCCGUUUAUUUUUCUUCGGGUGCGAGCGUGGCCAAUCUACUUGGGGGCUGAGAGCGAGUCUCCGCCUGCUGGCUUCAGCGGGCGACGUGUCCAGUCUUGGGCAUAGCAGUAAGUAUACUGGAGGAGGUUGCUAAAUUGGUAUUGGAAUUAUACACGAGCGCGCCGCCAUCAGUAUGCAACUACGGCGCGGCGCGUGGUCGUGUCGUGCGCUCCUGUUAAGGUCUCUCGUAGGGUCAUAAAUCUGCGCCCGAAGGGCGCCGCGCAAAAAAUUUAGGUUGGCAACUCGAGCAACCCGAGCAACCCGGCCCGAUAUGGGUCAAAAAAAACCUAACUCUAUUAUAUAACAUGGUACGCGUAUUAAGCACCUUGUUUAAAGGUUGACUACUAUGCAUGUAAGAGUACUAAACGCCAUAAGUGCUACUCAGUACUACGGACUUCUAGCACUACGUGGUACUACCUACUUUCAGUCACAUUUGCCUAGUAAAUAUUCAUCGAACGAACACCAGGGUUUUCAUGUCCAUAAUGUUGGCUUGCAACCUCGACCGGACCAAACCGGUUACGAUGCACGUGCGUGGUUUAAUAUGCCUGGGUCAGUGCAGAAGAAUGGACAAGUACUCCGGGAUCUGUCACAAAAUGUCGAAAGCGCACUAAAAAAGGUCAAAGGGCUCGAGAACUCAGCAGUGGAGCAGGUAUCGCUAGUGCGAUUGGAGUUAUGUUCUUCAGCGUUCGUCAGCGAUGGAGGCAGUGGAAAUGCAGUUCUAUCAUCGCAGGUGUCCAAAGGCCUCAAAAUUAAGGAUUCUAGCUUUUGCAACGGUUUCAGAUGUUUCGUUGGCCCUUGAUGUUGCUGUAGUAAGUUCACUUCCUUGUCUAAAAACAAGUCUUCUAGAGUCUUGGCACUCUCUCAAAUUAGCUUUCUACUCGAACACGGCACGCGUUUACUAUGAUACUUGAUCCUCCAGUUCUUGCAGUACUAGAAGAUGAAGAUCAAGCACCAGGAGCACGACGCAUACCUCUACUUCUUACAUCUUCUAACUCAAUGAGCUGCACCGGGAAGGUAAUGGAAGGUGCGGUUUGUGCGAGCAGCACAUGUAAUGCCAGUGACCAAACCCAGUGCUGUGCCAAUGGCUCAUUCGAGAACGGGGCGAAGAAAGCUGUGCAGAGUACUUAAUACAGUAGAUGAUCUAGUAGCGUAUCUAGUUAUAGUUUUCAUCGAAUCGCGUGAUUGAUCUUUUGCCUUCGCUGGGUAUAGUAUGCUACGUAUAUAUGUUCCAGGGCGCCGCGGGGCGAUGCCCCCCCCUAGCGGGGGGGGCCGGGCGCCCUGGACCCCCUUUUAAGGCGUCUGCCGGGGGGGAAGGCCUCAAAAGGGGGCGCAGUGACCUCCCCCCUCCGCUCCCUUCCAGCUGCUUGGCUGUUCCCUAGGGGCCUCCGAUGGUGGUGGGAGGCUUCAAAAGGGGCCCAAUGGACGGCCUGCGCCCCCGUCCAGGUGCCUGCUUGUGCCCUAAGUGCAUCCGUUAGGCUUCGCCGCCGCAGCCGUGCCGCCUGUACCCUCCGGGCCCUUGGUCAUCGGCUUGCUUGCUCUUGCGACCCCGGCCGUCCUAUUAUAUAAAAAUAAAUAUAUUUUUGGAUUAUCAUUUUCAUUAUUUUCACGAGAAUAAGGAACCCCUAGAAGUAUCCUUGCUUCCAAAAUAAAAGAGGGAGCUCGAGUUGUUUUUCUUCACAACGCAGCUCUUACCGGUGACGCGUGUGUGGAUAAGGUGGUGAAAGUGGGUCGCUCAUGGGCAAUGGAAACUACUGAAGAAAUGUGCGGCCAAGCACCAUACGACCCAGACGCUGCGCCUAAAAUUAAGACUAAUGUUAUUACUUAAGUUUUUUUUUUUACCUCGAUGGACAUGGACUAGAUCUGGACCUGAUGGUCUAUACGUUCUUGUUCAGGACGAUUUUUUUUACCUUCAAUGACUUCUUCUUGUUCAUCGUAUUCUCUUGUGUAGUUUGGUGUAAUUGAUCCAAGGAAUUUUCCUACUUAUUCUUCUUGAAUUAUUCAAUUUCAAUCAUAGCCAAGGUAAUUUUUUUUUGUUCGGAUCAUUCAAGGAACAUAUGGAGUGAUAAGAAGUAGAUUCUAGAUUAAUAUUUAUAAGAAUUACAUAUUUAUGUACAAGGUUCUUUGAAAUAGAAGUUCUUUAGGCUGAAGUGAAGUAGCUCGAAGAUGACUUAUUGAUUCUAAGCCAGGCCUCUCGGACUUUAUGAUUCAGGCAGCAAAAAACUUGAUGAAAUCGUCAUACUUGCCGGAUCAAAUCGCGCUCUCGUACGGUGUCUUCAAGUCAUAUUGCGUCCCAAGUGACAACAUGUUAUGUCCCCAAUGUUGAUGUAGUUUUCAUAUCUUCAGUGUUCAUCUGAUGAAGCCACGCAGGACGAUCAAUUGACCAUCAAGUUAUAAUUGAAAUUAUAUUUAUGUUAUUUUUAGAACGGAGAGGAAGAACAUCUCGCUUCUUUCCUACUUCUAUUUCUUUUAUUUCCCGUUCCACCACCCAGCAUCUGCAUGCACAACAGAAUACAUCAACGAGCUAUGCACCAGUUGUAAUCUAGCUUGAGGUGCAGCUGCAGUUAUUCAAACCUGCUUUUUCGAACGCUAAUUUUGGCAGCCGGAGCUGGCAACAACGGAACGAGCCUCUUCUACAUCAAUUUAUGAACCAUUUCUUUUACUUCUGCAAGAUGAACUCCUACUCGUUCGCACGUGAGGAGUAAUAUGACCCGAAAAAAUAUCCGAAAAAAACUUGAUGUUUGUUAGAAUUACUUGGAGACCUAGCUUUCUCUCAACCUCAAGCGCUUAUUUUAUUUGACUCAGCCUCGUCUUCUUCGAGACUCGAGCUCGAGUCGGGGUCAUCGAUUUCGAUGGACAUAGAUAUCCUCUGUUCUAAUACGUGUCGGAGGCUAUCGCGGAGACGCCGAUCGCCAGGAAAUACUGUCGAGGAUAUCACCUCCGGACAAAAUGCUUGCAGAAGUCUCCUCCCUCAUGGCCAAUAAGCCGAUUAGCUGGCUGCCAACUGGAACCGGAUUAGCACAAGAGGAGGCAACCUGGCCAAAAACGCAAGAGGUACUACAACGCCAUCAUAAAUAUUAAUAUAGCACGUACUUUUAGUUUUACCUAUGUAAGAACGAAUUAAUAGAGGUACCUCUACCUGGAGGAGACGGAAGAGUAUCACUUCGUGAAGAUCAUCUCUCCAGUGCAAAUCGAUUUGUCCAGGGACGAUGAGAAGUUUUUCUUCGUGCUCACUCACACAAAGAAAAAUAUCCGGUUCUUUUUCCCUAAUCAUAAUCAUAUACAAAACCUAGGCUAUCUUGUCCAUCCAAGAUAUAAUUACAUCCUAGGUUUGUACAAAGAGUACCUCGAUUCAGCCGGCGGGUCUGUGUUGGUCGAAGACGAUCGACUCGCAAGGAUGUAACGGGGAUGGGCAGUCCGCGGGACUAGGGCAAACGGGACCCCUGAACACAGGAAAUUUGGGCUUCAUGGCCGGCAGAUGAAACGUCGAUAGGGAUAUCAGUGUUGUUGAUAGGUCUUCUUAUUGAUCUGAUGUCUUGUUCUUAUUUCGUCUUGUAUCAGUUAGUAUUUCUUCUUCUCUCUCCUUGUAGUGCAGAGAAGAUCCACAUGAUAACCUCAUUACCUUCUAACGUAAUUAUGUUCAGGAACUGCAUGGUCAAUCAACUUCAAGUUCAACACAAAAAAGCAAUGAAAUAAGUGUCUCGCCAAUUACUACAUAUUUAUAUCUUAUCAGAUGUAUUUAGAAUUAUAUCUAAGACGUUAAAUAAAGAAAUAGAUUCUUGUCCAGAUUAUGAUAGAUAUUAUAAUGUUUAGUCAACCCAAAAGAAAAAACUCAAUUGUGUUAAUUAUAGUUGCACCGGUGUGUGCUUGAUGCAAGACGAGCAUUUGCAUUUUCAUUUUAAUAGAGAACAACAUAGAACGAAAAAUGCCAUGAACCUUAUACAUAGAAAUCACGAAGAUCAUGGUCGUGUAGAUGCCUCCAAGAGGCUGCUACGUGCAUUUUAAUGCUUCAUGGGUCAUGGUCACAAUAUUUAGAAGAUACAUUUUCAACAUACUUUAACUUAUUUGUUGUCGUGGACAAAAACUCUGACGCUGUUAAAGUUCGAGAAAAUCUUGUG